AUUUUUCGAAAAAAUUUUGAUUUUGCUAAAUAUUUUUAAUUUCUUCAUUUUGUUGAAUCUGGUUUUUAUAAUACUUAGGUCUUAGUAACUAUUCAUGACUAGUGUAGUUUUUUUAGGAACAGUGGAGGCUCAAUCGAUGAUACCACUCGUGCCGAGGCACUUUAAAUUAAUAAACAAUACUUAAUAAACAAUAUAUUCAUCAACAACAGGAAUACCAGUUUUGGUACACAUGAAUACAUAGUCAUGAUCAGAUACAAAUUACAUUAUAUCAGCAAUGAUACCUGCUUUUCAACAAUUGGCCUACCAAGAAGUCAUAACAGUGUUUGGUAAGUAAUCCGUAUGAUGACGGGACAUGAAUCUAUAUCCUGAUGACGGCAAAGUGAGGGCGCUGACAUUAAAUCCGCGUCUGCACGAAAACAACAAAAUGGCUCCCAAAUUUGAAAAGCAAUUUCUCCGUUAAUAUUUGGGUUGAGCCAAUUUAGAAACACUCUAAUAAAAAAAGAUAGAAUCUUUUAAUAAAUUCAUUUUAGCCCAAUUUGUUUCGGGUCUGGAGUUCCCCUUCAAACUAUUCAGCUGGCAUUCAUGACUAAUACUAUACUGUAACAGGCUUAGCUACAAGUGUCAAUACUCACAAUGCAUAAUGCUGUAUGUGAACCUAACGAUUAAACAGUGACUAACGAAUUUUCAUUUUAAUCUGUAGACGAUAAAUUCAACGAAAAACGUAGUUCAGAGCAGGAACUGCCAAAGCAUUACUUAAAGAAAUGCCAGGAGUUGUUCCGCAAACAGAAUCGCGAUGAAUCGAGAAACAAAGUUCGUCGUUUAUUUUCUGAAGGCGUUGUUCUGUUGGUGAAUAGCUGUUCUGGACCAUCCAGUGAUUCUGUGCAGUCAGCUUGUUUCAAGCUUCUCUACUUAGCUGAUCUGUUUUACAAGAGGUUCAAGUUGAUAAUAGUUGAUGAUAAAGAACUAGUAAGCUAUUCACUAUUUUUAAUUAUUGUUUGUCUGGCCCUAUAUUUAUUAUACAUUCUCCGGCAGAACACCCUGGUUGAAAAUUUCUUGAUUUAAUCAAGAAAUUUUCAACCAGGGUGUUCUGCCGGAGAAUGUAUAAUAAUCUAAAAUAAACACUGUUUGGGAUAACUUAAUAUUCCUGGUUUAAUGUCCAUGCAUGCUAAUUUAACCACUGUCCUGGUUAAUUUGACUACGUUUGUAUCGUGGAUAAAUUAACAAGGAUUCCUGGUUAAUUGAACCAGGCCAUGUGAUUGAAUUAACCUGGCAGAUUAUAUUUAUGAAAUUUUUUGCCAUGCAGGGUGUUUUUAGAACGUACGUAUACCAAUAUCCAGUCAACUUUAUCAAACCUUUUCCAAGGGAAAAUGUGUAAAACAGUGCAUGGCGGAAAUGACGAAUUUUCGGCGUUUCGGGCAUGGGAAAAAACUGGCAGAGGAAAUGACGAAUUUUCGGAAAUUUUGACCUAAAAGAGAGCUAAAACCAGCCUUUUCGAGUGCAAAUAGGGGGGUUUGUCGGAAAUUUGAAAGUUUUGUCGGAAAUUUAGGAGGCUUUGCCCCCCAUCGGACAGAGUGAAUUUCCGCCACUGGUGUAAAACAUCGCAUUGAGUUCUGUUCAGUUACGCUAUAUAUUCAUUCUCAUAUCAUCAUUAUUUUUAAGCUGGAUAUCAAGCCUUAUUUACAUAAUGGUAAAUUUUCGGCUCGUGAUAAUCGUAGACGAAAGCCAGUUACUCAGAGGCGAAGAAGUUCAGUACCAGUUGAAUUCCAACAGCAAUUAUAUCACAGACGUGGCUCACGUGAAGUUAUUGAAUAUCACGUACGACUGUGCAUGUCAUUUAUACUUGGAGUUUUUACAACUCUGCUGGGGAUUAUAUUUGGACGUGGCGGCGAGCAUUUAAAUGAAAACAACGAAGAUGGAUUGGAAGGCGAUUUAUCGGAUUAAGUUGAUUAGGUUGAAGAUGGCUCCAUAAUAUAGGUUUCUCUUAAUGUGUAGCAAGUUCCCGCGACUAGUCCCUGCGACUUUUCCGCCUCGUGUGACCGAACAUUUAACCCAAAUUAGAUUAAUGAGUAAAGGAGGAUAGUAUAGGGGAAGAGAGAGCAAAUUAGAUUAGUGAGAAAAGUAAGCAUGAAUUAGAUUAGUGAAUAAUUGAUUUGAAGAAAAAAGAAAAAUUAAAAAAAAAAAAAAAUUAAGAAGGGAGGAUCGGACACACAUUCUUAAACAUGAAUUAUUUUUUCAAGAAAGAUGUUGUUUAAUUAAAACAAAAUUAAAGCUAGAAGCUGAUCUAGCUAGUGUUUGGUAUGGUGCCAGAAAGAAUUAAAAAUUAAACGGAACUAUAAUAAUUAAGAAAAGAAGAAUAAAACGGUCGAAUUAAACGACGGAAGAUUAGUCGAGUUGAGAAGUAAAACGCAUUUUACUGACUAAAAAUGUUAUGCGCUAACAAUGGUUUCAAUGUACAGUAAGUUAAAAUGUUUUGAAAUUAAAAUUAUACAUGAAGAAACCUAAACAAUGCACGAGAUAAAUAAAUGAUAAGUGUACAAAACGUAACAAGUAUAUAUAGUAUUAAAGUACGCAAAAACGAAAAAGUGCAAAACUUUAAACAGAAGAUAAAAAUGACAAUUGAUGAUGUUAAAUAUUGAUAUAAUGAUUGGCAAAUACAAAUGGCAAUUGAUGUCCAAAAAUAAGUACCAAUCGAAUGUUUUUCAGUGAAGAUGUGACAAUCGCAUUACGAUGUCGAUGACAAGUUGAUAAAUUACGAGUAAUAUUUAUUGAUAACGUCAACAAAACAACCUCGAACUUAAGUUAAAGUAAAGGUUACAAAAUGUUAAAAUAAACGGAUAUGCAUGUGAGCAUGUAUGUGUUAAAAUAAAUACGGGACGUUCCCAAUCAAGACAAAGUGUCUUAAAGAUGAACCGAAUGGGUUAACAAAGUUAAAUUAAUUGAAUUUAUUAAAAAAACCCGCGAAAGUGAGCGAAGAAUAAGUUAAACAAAUACAAGUGUAGCAAUCGAUGUAUAAAAUAAUUGAAAAGUACAAAGAGACGCUAAAAAAUGAAAAAUGAAAAAGUACAAUAAUCAAUAAAAAUUGUUGAGCAAAACUUUACAAAGAUGAAAUUUAAAAAUUGAAUAUAAAAGUUAAAUGACAGGAAGUUUGUUGUUUAAGAUAACGAAAAAAGCCAAAGUAAACUUGAAUUUGAUACAGUGGAUUAUUUAUUAUUAUAAUAUUGAGUAAAAUAUUCCCGAAAGUGUCAGAAUAAUGUAAUUUGAGUUGAGAAAUAGAAAUUGAAAUAAGUGUUGUUUCAUAAGAAUUUGUGCACUAUAGAGCAGCUAGUGUAUACGUAAUAUUGAAAAAAGUUUAAUUAUUGCAUCUGCAUGUAGUUAAGUAGAUAAUUACGUGUUUUAUAAAAAAACAAAAAAACCGCGCAACCGAAGCCACAGACCGAAUAUGUGAAUAUUUUUUAUAUAAAAUAGUAUUGUAAUACGAAUACUCAAUUUGGUCGAAUUGUGACUGUAUUUCAACUUCUUCAAAGUAGAUAAACCUGCUAAUUGUUGAAUUGUUGUAAUUAGGCCUACUACGAAAGUGGAAUGUAACUAUAUAAGCCUGCUGAAUUGUUGUAAAGUAUUACGAUUAAAAUGAGAUGCAAUUUUUUACAUGUGUAUUUUGCAAAUUAAAUCUUAAC